AUAUGAAGAGUUUAGAAAUUAAUUCCAAAAAAUGUUCGGUUCCAAGAAUUAUUUUUAAAACAUCUGCUUUCUUCAACAUUUCUAUUAUUCUUCACAUUAAUAUUCAUCGACAUCUGCAAAAACUCCGGUCCGAAUAUUUCCUCGAUUUCAGUUUGUUCUAGGGCUGAAAGCUUCGGUCGUUCUCUUUCGGGUAAGGAGAUAACCAAUGAAAGGGGAAGUACAGUUGGAAUCGUCUAUUGCCCAAAAACCUACUGACUCUGAUCCUCUGCUUGAGAAUCAGUCCGAUUCAUCCCAUGGUGGAACCUCCGAUGAAAUCAGGGACGAUGAGGAUGCUGAAGCUGGUUCCAUUCCCUGUUGUCGUAUUUGCCUAGAGAGCGACGCUGAACCAGAAGAUGAACUGAUUUCUCCAUGCAUGUGCAAAGGCACACAGCAGUUUGUCCAUCGAUCUUGUCUUGAUCAUUGGCGCUCCAUUAAGGAAGGGUUUGCUUUCUCGCAUUGCACAACAUGCAAAUCCCAAUUUCAUCUGAAAGUUUCCUUAUUUGAGGACAACUCUUGGCGUAAAGUUAAAUUCAGGCUUUUUGUGGCAAGGGAUGUUCUCCUUGUAUUUCUAGCUGUUCAAACUUUAAUAGCUGCAAUGGGUGGUUAUGCGUAUAUUAUGGACAAAGAUGGGGCAUUCAGAAAUUCUUUCAGUGAUGGAUGGGAUCGUAUUCUCUCCAAACAUCCUAUUCCAUUUUAUUACUGUAUUGGGGUUCUGGCCUUCUUUGUUCUGCUUGGAUUUUUCGGGCUCAUACUACAUUGUUCCUCCCUGAAUAGUAACGAUCCACGAGUUGCUGGGUGUCACAACUGUUGCUAUGGCUGGGGUAUCUUGGAUUGUUUCCCUGCAUCUAUGGAGGCCUGCUUUGCACUUGUUAUUGUUUUCGUCGUUAUCUUUGUAAUCCUUGGCAUAGCUUAUGGUUUCCUCGCUGCUACUAUGGCUAUCCAAAGGAUCUGGCAAAGGCAUUACCACAUUCUCACCAAAAGGGAGCUGACUAAAGAAUAUGUGGUGGAGGAUCUUCACGGUUGUUAUACCCCUCCAAAAUUGGAUCCAGAACAUGAACAGCACUUGAAAAUGCUACAGCUCCUGUAAUGAAUGGCAGAUGAGGUGUUAAAUUUUUAUUUUGUUUGCUAUGAUCUUUUGUUUGAGACGAUACAAUGUGCAUUUGCUUAACUGCGUUGUUAUAAAUGAGCAAUGUGGAAAAUAGAUUUUAACUAAUUUGUCACUCACCCCU